AUGAAACCACGCGGCAAGACCGCCUUAUUUAUGAUUUUUCAGUUCUACUUUGUCUUUGUGAACUGUUAUGAACUUGUUUCCUACGACACCCCUCAAGAAGCCAUGCGAGCUGCGACGGAAACAGAAAAUAGCGAUACCUCUUCGAAGAACGUUCAUGUUGUAGGUAAGUGUUAAUAAAAUUGUGCUUAGUAUCAUGUACUGACUUUAGCUGACCCAGUUUAACAUAAAAUGCAAACUGAGUAUUUAGAGUAUUAUCGACUUUGUUCGACCACAACUUAGAUACAAGUAUCUGCUUUUUUGAAAUGCAAUUACUUAGACUAUAGCUAGCUAUUUGAAUUGCACAUUCCGUGCACGUUCGGUACUUGACGUUUUAGUAGGGUGAGCCCUUCUUGAGCUCCUUGUACAAAUUACUGUAUUAUAUUUUGGCUAACAACUGCUGCUUGCUCGUUUUUCAGAGAAUGAUGAGGAAUUCGAUCAAGCAGAUGACAACCUAGGUUAGUUAAAUGAGUUGUCUAAUAACAAAAUGAAAAGCCGAUAAAGCGUUUAAUUACUGGCAGUUUUGGCCUUUGGUAACUACAUUAUAUUUUCUCGGUAACCGUUUCCCACCGCCUUUCUUCACCCCUCUUCAACGAGGGUCAUAAAAGAAAACGUUACUGAAAAAAGCUCCCACACAGCUCUAUUAGUUCGAUUUUGGUAUAAAAUACAAUAUCUCCUAGCCAAAAGGUAAAGUUUUUAGUCUUAGUUUGGUUAUUCAUGAGGGAACUUUAAAACUGGCUUAGUGGAUAGAAAAUACUUAAAAGUUAUGAUAAACAGGGCAAAGGUUACUUAGUGAUUCAUAAGGGCUGAAUGUCCCACUUGAAUUUGGAAAAAUUUUGAUUGAUUUGACAAGAGGUUUCCACCAAUAUGGAGAAACUAUAUAUAUUUUUUCAGCACACAGAAUGUAUAUGUGCAGUUAUAACAAAAGAAUUAAAAGCAAAGACUGAGUGUCAAACUAUACUGCAAAAUGAUGAUUAUUUAACUUCUUCCCUUGCCCCUUGGCAAUUAUUACCCAGAUUAGCAAAACAAUGGCUUUCCAUCAAACGUUCUCUGGGAAGUCAUACCAGUUCUGUUGCCAGCCUUUAUAAAUUAGUGACAUCUUGUUAUUAAUAUAAUUUUGUACUUCAGCUGACAAGGCCAGCGUGACUUGCCUCAAAAACAACAUGGUCAUCGCCAUUCCCAAGUACGUACUUCGUGGAGCUGACCGAGAGCACAUCAGAGCAUUGAACGUGAGCUGCACAGCUUCUGAAAAUCUCACUCACUUUUUCCUCGACGUACCUCUGACCAGCUGUGGUACCAAAAGAAGGCACACAAUUUCUUCCGUUGUUUACACCAACGAAGCUUUACCCGUUCCACCGAUGUUAAAGGACGUCGUCUCUCACGUCCCUGAUUUUCAGAUUCCUUUUCACUGCUACUAUGACAACAAUGGCGUGGUAACUAGCGUUGGCUUGAAGCCUUUUAGCAAGAAAGUGAUUUUCUCAAAGAAAGGAUUUGGAAGAUUUGUUAUCAAGCUCACCUUGUUCCCAGAUAUGAGGUAACAUAUUUUUGUUAUUUGAUAGAGGGUACAAAUAAAAAGUUAGCCCCUGUUAGCCUAUUUUCCUGGAAAACUGGUGACCAUAUCCGGUUCGAAGGACCAUUUACUGGGAAGGAUUAAAUGCCUUUAGUUCCCUAUAUGAAUACCAUAGGCUUGAAUUCUGUGAAACCCAAACAAUUUAAAUCCACUAAAAACCAAAAGCAAGCACUGACAACGAAGCACAUUGGUUUGCAAUCCCAUGAUUCCAAAGAAAGAACAGGCACACAAGGCGUGCACUGAAAUCUGUACAACAUUCUUGACACCAUUGAUUUCCUUUGGACCGUCAAAAAAACUGCAGAUUUAUGCGAAUAUCUAAAUGUCCUUAAAUAUAAAUUAAUACAUGAAUUGAAGUUUGGAAUAUGUCACAUUCUCACAUUUUCAGUGCACUUUCUCACAAGUAACAAUAUGCGAUCAUAUUUGUUGUCGUUUUUAGAUUCGUAGGACCAUACACUCAGAGCGACUUCCCCGUUAUGAAGAAGCUACGGGAGAGGAUCUAUUUUGAAGCUUCAGUUGACACUUAUGACCACAGGCUAACCAUCCUCGCCAGGGAUUGUUACGCCACGCCUUCAUCAAACAGAAACAGUAACCCCAAGUACUGGAUAAUUCAAAAGGGGUGAGAAAAAAAUAUUUAAAAAGCACAGAACACAAAAAAGGCCGGUUUAAAAAAUAGGAAAAAAAGGAUUCGUGGCCACAAAAUCUCUGUAAUAUCUUUAUCCCGUGAAAAUUAAUAUAUGCAAUUCUCAUCUUUAUUACAGCGAAGCGUUUUCAAAAUAGGUAAACAAAACGCGAAAUAAAUUACUGAAUAAACUUGAAAAGUAAACUCGAAUCAAUGGCUCUACCAGAUGUUCCUCAUUCUAAGGCUGUAUAAUAUACGGGGUAUUGGUAUCAGGAUCGAAACAGCCUCUUCGGCUAUUUUAUAGAGACGGGAUUAGGCUGCUUUCUCCUACGGCUAACGCAAUGAUUGGCCCAGAUAUCAACAGUGAUAAGCCAGACCUUUGCUUAAACCAAUAGUAGCAGGUGGUAAAAUUAUAUUGGUGUCCAUUUUGUUUCUUUUGCAGUUGUAAAGUAGAUGAGACACUUAUCUAUCAUCCAUCUAAUCACCUGUCUGAGAGAUUUAGCGUAGAAAGCUUCUCGUUCAUUGGUGAUCACCCAUUUGUUUUCGUCCAUUGUCAUGUACGAAUUUGUAAUGCCUCGGACCCAAACUCCAAAUGCGUGCGCAUUUGUGAAGACGUUGAACGACGCAAACGUGACGUCAGUUAUGCAGCUGAGCUUGGCAAUGACGUAUACCCUCUUGCCCAGGGCCCUCUGUCUUUGUUAAAAGAAGAGGUUGAUGUUAAAGGGAGAAGCAGCUCAAUUGAAAGUGCAGGUAGAUCUAGUUUAUUUUACCUUCAUAAACAUUGUUCUGCUCUAGAAAGCAGCCAAAAUAACUGACAUGACUGGCAGAACUUUUUUGUAGAGUUGAAAGAAAACAAGGAACGUCAUUAGUCUAGAACUAAGACGAGAAACGUUUUAGAAAUCAAAAGCCUUCUGAAAAAGAUUGUCGUUGGUGGUUAGUUUAGUCUUGCUUCGGUGACUGGCGUCGAAAUGGAACUGGCCGAAAGAGGGAAAAAGGGGUUUUCGCCACGUAGAAGUCAUUAUCAGUAUCUGACGUGGAAAAACUCGUCCACCAGCCCAAAACUCACAUAUACGAUCAUAUCUAAUUUACAUAAUCUAAUUCAAACCAAAACACAACUUAUCGGAUCGAAGGGAAUUCCCCAAGAGGUGACACUGGAAAUUGCGCCGCACGUUUGACACCAAAAACGUAUUUUGGUUAACUUCAUUCAAAUUUUACGAAUGUCAAAAAAAAGAGAGAAAAUCAUCAAACAUAACACACGAUAGAUCAAACCGAAAUGAGCAAAAAAAAAAACAAACAAAAGAGGGAAGAACGUUUUAAAUAGUAGUUCAUGGAUUUUUUUCUUUAUUUCAGGUCCAAACAUACCUGUUAUCGCUAUACUAGUUGGCGUACUUGCGCUGUGUAUAAUUGGUGCAGCUUACAUGGCGAUAGGGAACAAGAGGAAGACGGUGAGGCACUACUCGACUCUGGUCCAAGAAAUUCAAAACUAA